AUGGACCGCUUCCCCAAAUUCGACAUGGUCAUCUCCGAGUCACCUCAACUUACAAUGUGGCACAACGACUUAGACGCAGAUCAUAGGCGGACCCUCAACAAAUACGUAGGGGCCUUGACCGAGCUAAUCAACAUGGAUGGUUGGCCAGAAUUGAUAGAGGUACUUACGGGGUACUGGGACAGCCAAAGAAUGGUCUUCCGUUUCGGAACGGCCGAAAUCACCCCUACAUUAGAAGAGAUAAGGGAUUGCAUAGACACCGUGGGCACGGGCCUAGAAAGAAGAGCCCGAAAACAAGAGGACGUGUUUAUCCCCAACAAACCUUCCGUUGAGAACAUCUCGGAUUGGUUAGGGCUAAGAAAAGACUUCACUUAUUGGUGUCGAGAUUCCCACGUAAUGUUCAGGGACCUGUACGUCAGAUUCGGACACGCGAGUUUCUAUGCCGCGUAUAAUCGGGAAUUUAAGAUUUCCUACAGGGAGUGGAACGAGCUCCGCCCGUUGGCGUUUGCCAUAGCCUUGUUGGGAACAAUGGUCUUCCCGCACGGCCCGAGCCUGAGCAUCAAUACAAGGGUCAUAACGCUCGUCCAUACGUUGUUCAAGGGAUACGAAAGUCAAGGAACGACAAAGUACUACUCCGUAGCUCCGGUCAUAUUGUCGAACAUAUAUCGCGCUUUGGGUAAGUGCAAGGAAGGACACUGGUAUUUCCAGGGGUGUAAUAUGCUCCUCCAAUGGUGGAUUCUCAGCCACUUGGCGAAGGGUGCUGGAACUCGAGAAUUGCACACUCUCGACAACAAGAACACCCUCAAGGACCUAAACGACUUGCUAUUCUGGGCCAACAUGAACAAUCGGAGAACAAGAGGGCGAUGGGCCCAAAUUUUCUCCGAGUUGAGAGAAGAGGACCUCCAAUGGAUGCUCGAUCGCUUCAUAUCCAAGGAAGUUGUCGUAGAGAGUCGUAGAUGUGUCGUGCUCCCUCUACCCGGCAUUCGAGGAAUUCGCCCUUACGCGCCAUUCCGAGUCUUGCGACAGUUCGGAAGAAAACAGACUGUGCCCAGAGAAGCGUAUUAUGGCGCUUAUGUGUACGACAUUGGGGACGACAGAGUGGACGACGUGACGGAAAUGCUCAGAGAAUGGAAGAACGCCAAGCGCAUGGGUAAGGACACUAUCGCACCUGACCGAUUCAACGCUGGAUAUGACGAAGGUUACAAAGCAUGGUUGAAGAGGGAUAUACAAAAUAUCUCCUUUCAGAUUCCGCGUAGCUUUCGCAGUGUGACAGAUAAGGAGGCCAAAGCAGUGGCCGAAUUGCGAGAGUUAAAGGAAGAGGCUAAUGAGGUCUAUGCCAAAUUCGUAGAGAAUCAAGACGCACUCGAGAGGGCAACUCGAGAGAUCGAGAGACUGAGGCAAGGGUAUGACGGGUUUGACAGUUGGAUCCAGCAAAAGAUCGAGAGGAUGCGAUACGAGAGUCUGGAAGACAAAGGGCGUCUGGGUGAAGGUUUUUUAUUGAUCCUGAGGUACAUGUUCCAAAAGCACAAAAUCCAGAAAGACGACGACGGAGCAGGACCAUCCGGGGCAGCAUAG